GGACGAAGAUUGUCAAAGACAAGAUGGCCUUCUCUCUUUCUCUCUCUAAAAUGUCCAUCUCCAAACCGUUGUCUACUCAGACUCAUCAACCAACUUUUCUCUCUCUCUUUCUCUCUAUUUCCUAUAUUCUAAGCAAACCUUACAACCAUCACCAUCAUCAUGAUCUCAUUACCACUUCAUGAAGCCUCCUCUCUCUCUCUUUCUGUUUCUGUUAUAAACUCUUUCACUCAUCCCAUCACACCAGUUGGGAUCGAGAACAUUAGCGAAGUCUAAACUUAUUCAUCAACAUGAGGAAGCCUUCAGACCCUUCUCCAAUGAAGAUCACUACUUCCAACAGCUUUGUUAACAGUAACGGUGGUGGUGCCUUGCCUGGUGGCAAUAAGCUGAGGAAGGGCUUGUGGUCUCCCGAGGAAGAUGACAAGCUGAUGAGCUACAUGCUCAACAAUGGCCAGGGUUGUUGGAGCGAUGUUGCCAGAAAUGCUGGCUUGCAGAGAUGUGGGAAGAGCUGCAGACUUCGUUGGAUUAAUUACUUGAGACCUGACCUCAAACGUGGUGCCUUUUCUCCUCAAGAAGAGGAGCUUAUUAUCCAUCUGCAUUCUCUUCUUGGCAACAGGUGGUCUCAAAUUGCGGCUCGAUUGCCAGGGCGUACGGACAAUGAAAUAAAGAAUUUUUGGAAUUCAACAAUCAAGAAAAGGCUUAAGAAUUUAUCUUCUUCUUCAACUACACUCUCACCAAAUGGCGCUGGCGAAAAUUAUUCUUACUCAGAGGCCCCAAAUAAAGUCAUGGCUAAUGGCUUCAUGUCCAUGCAUGAACAUCAACAUCAUCAACAAGGCAUGAACAUGCCCAUGUACAUGAUGGAUCCAUCCUCGUCAUCGUCAAACACAUCAUCGUCAUACAUGGGGGAUGCUUUGUCUCAUAACAAGCAAGGGGUGCUCAACAUGUUUGGAAAUUAUUUAAGCGGAAAUUGGAAUCAUCAUCAGCAGGAGAUCUAUGUGCCUCCAUUAAUGGAUAGUAUAAGCAGCAUGGAGGAGAAUGUUAACGUGAAGGAGGAGGAUAAUCAUAAUAUUUCAUAUGAUAGUAACAUGAAUAAUAAUAAUAAUAAUAAUAAAGGAGAGAAUUUAGAUGGGGUUGGGAGCUUUUGGCAGGGAUCUUCAGAAGAGAACAAAUUUGGAGAAUGGGACUUGGAGGAGUUGAUGAAAGAUGUUUCAUCUUUUCCUAAUAAUUUUUUAGAAAACAUAUUCUAGAUGAUAUAUAUAUAUCUCAAUGAAUAUUUCUUUUUAUUCCCUCACAUUUUUAUUAUUUUUAAUCCUUUUUUGUUUUCUAAAUCUGAUCAUACCCCUCUUGAGCUUUUAUUGUUUUUUUUUCCCCAAUAUAUAUAUACACACACACAUACCCACACCCUUCAAACUUAUAAUAAUUUGGGUUUGAGAUUUGUAAGUUGAUGUAUCCUUUGAGUUACCUCUUUGUUCAUAGAUUAGAAGUGGAAAUUAAAGAGUCAUGCAUGGAAUAAGGUUAAAGUAUGAAGGAUUAUUGGCCAUGGGAUUUAUGUAUUUUGUUUUAUACCAUGUCUUUAAGUUUUAGAGAGAGAUCAUGUGAAUGACAGCCAUUGAGCAUAUAUGUACUUUGUGAAGAGAUGUGAAUAAUUGUAAGUUGGUUGUUAUGUAUACAAAAUUAUUGUAGUAAAUAUGCAUGAUUAUGAGAUGUACAACUCAUAAGAAAUGUAUCUAUGUAGACUGAAUGUUGUCAUUAAUAAGUGGAGAUCAUUUGGUUGUAUUCCAUA